AUGUUUAUAAUCAUUCCUGUUACGAGCUGUACUUGUGAGCGUACGUUUUCGAAAUUAACUAUUGUCAAGAACAAGUUAAGGAAUACUAUCGGCCAAGAAAGAUUAAAUGCUUUACUUUUUUUAUUUGUUGAACAAGAACUAACUAAUAGUGUUGAUGUAAAUAGUGUGAUUGAUGAAUUUAAACACUCAUUCCCAAUUAAACGUCGGCUUGUAUUAUAA